AGUUCUCAAACCUCUCUCUGCAGUGAAGAGUUGAGCCAGCAAAGAAGUUUGGAGCAUCAUUUAUCUGACGUGUAGCACCCUUGGGAGCAUUGAGGUUAGGUUCCCUGAAGCCCACCUGAGCCAGCAAUGGAUCUGAAGCGAAUGAAGGAUUACAUCUAUUGGUUGUAUUAUCAGUAUCUCCUGGUCACCUGCAGCUAUGUCCUGGAGCCCUGGGAACAAUCCAUGUUCCACACCAUCACAAUCACCGUUGUUGCUAUGGUGGUCUACACGGCUUACGUCUUCAUCCCCAUCCACAUCCGCCUGGCUUUCGAGUUCUUCUCUCAGAUAUGCGGAAGCCAACCUGAAAGUACUGUCUCACUUAUGAACUAAGCCUGCCGACACCUUUGCAUUCUGCGAAGAGAUCGUCUUCCUCAAAUAUUGUCUUCCUCAAGUCUGCCUAUGUUUGCUUUCUAAGCAGUUUUGAAUCUGUGGGUUCAUGAGUGCGCAUGCGUGCACACACCCCACCUCCUCUUCAACAAAGCCAGGCUAUCCUUGCACUGACCACUGGCUAGCUAGUUCUCCUUGAAAUGCACAUGCAGCUUCUAUUUUGUUAAAGUAACAUGUCUGUUUAGUAACAGAGGUGGCAGGCCUCCAUCAAAUGCAAGUAUCUCUUCUUUUAAUGCCUAUUCUGUCUGUUCCCUUAUUACACUAGAAAACUAUGACUUGUUCAAGCUUGCAUGCCUUCCACUCGCCUGUUUUACACGCCAUAUAUCUUGAGGUUUUCUUUUUAAAAAAUUUCCCAGCAGUGUAUGAAGGGUAACAGGAAAACUAUUACAAUUGUUACAUUUGAAGCUAGUCCUUUCGAAAGUGAUGCUUUUUAUAAAGGUUCAGUAACUUAUUCCUCUUGUGAUGCUAUUCCCGUUUCCCCAGUUCCCCACUGGCAAUAUAUAAAGUUACUAUUCUAGAAAGAGAAUUUCAUAAGGAGUCUUGGCUUAAAGCCGGGAUGAGCAAUACGUGCAACAGGG